CAUGAGGGAGGAUGAGGAGAGUGUAGUGAUUACAGAUUGGGAUUGGUGGACGGGAGGCAGGACGGGCUUCAUAUAAGGGCUCCGGGGGGAGAGCAGCUCAUCGUCCAACAUGAAGGCCCUCCUGCUCUUCGGGUUGGUGGCUGUUGCCCUCGCUGGCACGACUCGCUUCGAGGGAGAUAAAGUCUUCCGUCUGAAGCCCGUGCUUCAUGAGCACGCGUCCCUCAUUAAAAAGCUGGCUACGAGCAUCCAGGUGGACUUCUGGAGGCCCGAGCACCACGAGCUGGUGACCGCCGGCGUUGACGUGGACAUACGCGUGCCUGCGAUGUACCUCGAUAUGGUGUCUACGGCCCUGCUGCAGAGCGGCAUGGAGCACGAGAUCCUUAUCGAGGACGUGCAGGUCGCUGUUGAUGCCCAGGUUCACAGCGGAGCCUCCGCCAAAGCUCACAGUUACACCAAGUACAACACCUGGGACACUAUCCAGUCCUGGAUAGAAACCAUUUCCUCCUCCAAUGCUGAUAUGGUCAGCCAAGAGGUGAUUGGGAAGACCUACGAGGGUCGCCCCAUGACUGUGCUCAAGAUUGGCAAGAAGUCCAGCUCCACCAAACCUGCUAUCUUCAUGGACUGUGGUUUCCACGCUAGAGAGUGGAUCUCCCCUGCUUUCUGCCAGUGGUUUGUGAAGGAGGCUCUGUCCACCUACGGCAGUGACCCCGCGAUGACCAGCCUGCUCAACCAGAUGGACGUCUUCGUCCUGCCCGUCUUCAACAUCGACGGCUACGAGUACAGCCACAAGAGCGAUAGAAUGUGGAGGAAGACGCGCUCCAAGAGGUCGGGCACCAGCUGCAUUGGAGCGGAUCCCAACAGGAACUUCAACGCUGGGUGGUGUACUGUCGGAGCCUCCAGCAACCCCUGCAGCGACACCUACUGCGGCUCCGCUCCCGAGUCCGAGAUCGAGGCCAAGAACCUCGCCGACUUCAUCCGCAGGAACAAGUCCGUCAUCAUGGCCUACCUCACCGUCCACUCCUACUCCCAGCUGCUGCUUUUCCCCUACUCCUACACCUAUCAGCUGGCCGCAGACCACGCCGAGCUGCUGAAGGUUGCUAAGGGAGCGUCUGCGGCCCUGAGCAGCCUGUACGGCACCCAGUACACCAGCGGCCCCGGCGCUGCAACCAUCUACCCCGCUGCCGGCGGCUCCGACGACUGGGCCUACGACCUGGGAGUGAAAUACGCCUACACCUUUGAGUUGCGUGACACUGGUCGUUACGGCUUCCUGCUGCCGGAGUCUCAGAUCCAGCCCACAUGCGAGGAGACCAUGCUGGCCGUCAAGUACAUCGCCGCCCACGUGCAGAAUAACCUCUAUUAAAGAGCGGAACUGCCAGGACCCCUGCCAACCCUGCUCCUCUGCACCAGCCCCCAGCUCCUCCAGCCUCUCAGCCAUCUCCAGCGCGUAUCCAUGGAUACGGGCACCACCCGCCAUGUUUCCUCGCUGUGCUUGACAGAAAGUCAAGAUGAGUGCAAACAAUAAAAUCAAUGAUCCUUCCCCA